GUUGACGACGCAUUCAAUAAGAUGUGUGUAUCGCAUGCAAGCCACUUCAAUCCCACAAAACGUGGCAUGCAAAUAGUAUAAAAAGCUCUUUACUUGCAUCUCUUUCUCUUUCUCUUCCAUUUGAUCGCACAUUGGACGUAACAAAACAUCCUGCCAUGGCUCUCGCCCGCACUAAGAAUCGUCUGUCAUCCUCAUCAUCAUCACCAGCACCACCUCCUUCUCCGACGCCACUCAGUGCCAGAGGCAAUCGCAGUGAUCCAGCUUUCAGCAAUUAUGUUGACAAGAUGAAACACAUGCCAGAUCUGAAUCUUCCGGAUUAUGUCAACAGAUCUGUCAUUGCAGAUGUUGAAUACCGUUUGAUUAAAAACAAGGAUAGGAAUUCCAUUAGUGAGAUGAUGAGAUCUGCAAAAAAGUAUGGUGUUUUUCGGAUUAGUGGGCAUGGGAUCUCAACGGAGGAGCUACAACAAGCAUUCACAGAGGCGGAAUUCUGCUUUGGAUUGUUGGCUGACCGGUGGAGUCGCGAUGGAGAUCGAGAGGAAUUUCAAUGGUCUCGAUCCGCCAUUGCUGCUGCCGAACGUAGGCGAGACGUUGCGCGAGAGGAGAGAUUUCGCAAGUUUAGCCAAAAGAUGGACAAUAUUGCAAGUAAACUUGAAGUAAUUGCAGAUGCUGCUGCCACGAUUGUAGGAAGCUAUGGAAGCAAACAUUCUCGAAAGAAAAUCAAGGAAAAUGAAACAAGAAUGACAUUGUUCAAGCAUAAUAACUCGGCUCUUCAACCUCAUACCCCACGAUCUUCCCACACUCCGCGUGCAGCUGCUGAUGGGAAAACAGAAUCAUGUUCGUUUGCUUUAGGCCUUCAUAUCCCAACCGAGCAAGGUGAAUUUUGCCUCUUAACCAGUGAAGGCCCAUUGUCAUUUAGAACUAGCCCCGACACUAUUAUCUUCACCUUUGGAGAACAACUACAGGAAUGGAGCUGUGGAGAGUUUAAAGGUUCAUUCGGGGAGAUAAAUAUAGAGCCAGAAAUACAAGCAGAUGGAGCAUACUCCAUAGAGCUCAAGUGUUCACCUUCCAUCCUUAAUCAUGCGGUUGAUAGGAUCAACACCUUUUCUAUAACGGAUCAGAUCCUCUUUCUACUAGCUCUUUCUAUGCUAUAUUGUUUACUUUCCUUUUUACUUUCUUAGAUUUAUGCACA